AUGGAUAAGAAGAUAGUGCGCAAAGGGCCGCUGCCUGGGGGUCGCCGGGGCGCGUCUGGAGCUGGCGCUGGACGCGGCAGCAUGCGGGCCGCCAGCCGAGCGCGAGGAGCUGCACGGUCACCUAGCAGCCCUCCGCAUCCAUCAUCCCCACCAGAAGGCUUGGUGUCCGGUGGGUCUUCUCGGACUCAGCAAGCGGCACCCGCCGCUGGUGGAGCACGUCGCAUGCGUUGGUCACAAGCAAUGAAUGCAAACGCACUGCGGGCGUACUUUAGGGCAAAAGGGGAAGAAACUGGAUGUUUGGCGUAUCGGGCUAGGAUGCAUCGUCUUUUUGCUGAGCUGGAGCCAUCUUUAACCGUCACAGAGAAAAACCUGGUAGACCGAGUUCGGUAUAUCUUGCGCUCAAAUAUAUUUGAUGUCGCCGAACUCGAACGGCUAAGACGUGAGGCUGUUCCCUCGUCGGAUGAGAAUGCUACGGCUGAGGAUGCGGCGCCACAAAUGGUAGAGCAACCCGCAAACAUGGAUGCCGCCGUGAAUACUCCAGUUGUGGUUGAUUCAAACGAUGAUGGAACAGUCGCCCAGGAAUUGGAAUUAGAGCAUAUGAGGAGUAUAUUGGAAGAGGUGAUUGUGGAAACGCGCAGUACGCCUCUCGAAAAUCGACCGCGACUUCCCCGCAUAGCCCUAAGCAAGCGGAAUCGGGCUGUCGUGAGGGCUCUGAACCCAAUGCUGGUGACCUAUUUGGAAGCCAGCCGGGACCUUUGCGAGACGGACUCAAUUCUUUUUGGCGCCGCGCUGGCAGUCUGCCGUAUCAUAGGCGCCAAGGUUUCCACGGCUGGACGCGCUACUGGCCAUCAUAGUAGCGCUAUCCCAGCAUGGAGAAGUAGAAUUGAGGAACGUAUCGCAAAGGCUAGAGCUCUCAUCGGCAGACUGAUAUGCUUCAGAUCAGGCAACAACGCACCGUCAGGAUGGCGUUUGCUGGAACAAAUGUCAGUUUGUCCCAGCCGGAUAUAA